AUGGCGGACGUUGCGGGCAAAAGUAAAAUUCAGCCUUUUCUGACUACCAACAGCGGACAUGCAGGCCAGGGAAGCAGGUCAUCACUACUUGAAAAGAGUGCACAACGCAAGGCCUAUCUCAAAUCGUAUCCUAAAUGUAAAAAGUUACAGAAAUUAGCAAUGUAUUCAUCAUGUCGAGAUAAGGAUUCCUGCUCUUGCACAGCCUGGAAAAGUAACAAGGAUACUAGCACUAACGACUGCGCCACAGACAGCGAGAAUGCAAUACUUCUAGAAGCAUGUAAAAGUUGUGGCCAUUCUUUGACCUCUCAUAUUGUUCAUUUAAAACACCUGGAUGAUGACGAAUUGGGCAAGUUACUUUCAAUGACCGUCGAUAUGGACAGCAUAUGGGUGCUGGUAUCCAAUCAGCAUAUCGAUAAUGAUACUAAACAGGUUUAUGUCUACGUCUACAAAUUAUUGCGCAAAUGCAUCAACAGUGCUAUUCGUCCAUCUCUUGAUACGCAGCUUGGCAAACCUCCAUUUGAACAGCCGACUAUUGAAAGAGCCGUUUAUAAUUUCACAAUGCUAAAAUUUAGCAAUUUAAAGCAAGCUGAAUGGCAAAUCAUGCAUGAAUUAGCAAAAAUGUUUCUAAGAUGCCUUAAUCGAUGGAGAAUUGAAAGCCCAUCUGCUCGUAAAGCGCGUUUAAAUGCUCAAGCAGAUGAUCAAAUAUAUAAAAUAAAUUAUAAUAGAUGGCUCUGUUUCUGCCACAUUCCAGUCCUUUGUGACAGUUUUGAACGUUUUAAUUUAAUAUCUACAUUCGGUCGAACAUUUCUACGAUCUGUAAUUACCACUAUUAAGGAGCAAAUUAUUCUACGAUUUCAAAAUGACAAAGAUAAACGAAAUGAUGAAAGAUAUAUUAAACUUAUUAACAAAUUUCCGGGAUUUCUAGAAGCGUUAGAAAAUGAAGUAUUAAAAAAUUCUACAGCUGCAAUGUGGGAUCCAAGCAUUAACUUAAAUCUUUCAAUUACUGCAAUGGAGCCAAUCAGUGGUCAAAAGUUACCGACGCCUUCGUCAACUAACCGGGUUUCACGGUCUGACGAUGAUAAUAACGUUCCAACUACAGAGUUAUCCACAGCAGGAAUGAAGCGGUCUUCAUCUCAGUUGAGCAUAAUCGAUGGUAACGAUAGCAAGAAGAGUAAAAUUGCCAAUGAUGUCCCAAGGACAGUCGUUGCAAAAAUUGUUGCGAAAAUUUCCGAUACUCAAGCCAUGGUUGGCCCUCAGGGGGGAGGAUUUUCAACUCAAAGUACACGCGAUGAGCUCGCACGCAAUGAGGAAAAAUCAUCAGUAAUAGGCUUUCAUGUUGUAGCCAAUUCAGUAACAUCUGAUCCUUCUCGGCAAACGCUGAAAUGGUUAAUUGGUUUACGUAACGUAUUUUCAUACCAGCUACCCAGGAUGCCUCGGGAAUAUAUAACUCGCUUAGUAUUCGAUCAUAAACAUAGGACUCUGGCAUUAAUAAAGAAUAAUCGAGCAAUAGGAGGAAUUUGUUUUAGGAUGUUUCCUACUCAAAACUUUUCGGAAAUUGUAUUUUGUGCUGUGUCUUCCAACGAACAAGUUAAGGGUUAUGGCACCCACUUAAUGAACCAUCUGAAAGAUUAUCACAUCAAAAUGAACGUUUUAAACUUUCUUACAUAUGCUGAUGAAUAUGCAAUUGGCUAUUUUCAGAAACAGGGAUUUUCAAAAGAUAUUAAACUUGGAAAGUCGGUAUACACUGGCUUUAUUAAAGAUUAUGAGGGUGCUACCUUGAUGUGGUGUCCGUUAAAUCCUAAAAUUGUAUAUACUGAAUUAUCACUGGUACUAAAGAUGCAAAAAGAAGUUAUCAAGGAGCUAAUUGAAUCAAAACGCCAAGAGUUUCGUAAGGUUUAUCCUGGCUUGACUUGCUUCAAAGAAGGUGUCAGCCACAUUCCUGUUGAGAAUAUACCAGGAAUAAGUAUGUAUAACGUUAUUCACGAGCAAGCGGAUGAUACAAAGUUAGAAAUUAUUUUAAAGAACUCUUUGAAUCAAAUAAAGAAUCAUCCCAGUGCAUGGCCAUUCCUAGAACCUGUUGAUAAAAGGGAUGCUCCUGAUUAUUACGAUUUCAUUAAAUAUCCAAUAGACCUUAAAACAAUAGGAGAAAGAAUUGCAAAUGGAUAUUAUAUUAGUAAAAAACUUUUCGUUGCCGAUCUGAAUCGUAUGAUAGCCAAUUGUAAGACGUAUAAUCGACCUGAGACAGAAUAUUAUCGUUGUGCUGUAACUUUGGAGAAAUAUUUCAGCAGCAAGCUGAAAGACUAUCAGUAA